AAAACCCUGGCUAAAAGGGAAGGCGUUCGCGGGCGGAGGAGCCGCUUUCCUGCAGCCCGGAGCGAUGCAGCCCCACGCGCUGUGAGCCGGGAGAUCGACCCGAGCGCGAGGGCGAGAAGCCGGCGAGGAGGAAGAGCAGCUCUGGAGAAGCGGAAGCCGAGCUGGGCAGGGGAAGCCAACCUCAGCAGGUGGGAACCAGACCUAGAGCCACCCGGCCGGGUCCGCGGCUUUGUUUUUCUGCACCAGAAGAAAGCACCUGAGGAUUGCCCUUUCCCCAUCUCAGUUAGCGAAAACUACUUUUAUGCUCCCCUAACGAAAGGACCAAGGGGAGGCCAAGGCAAUCCCCGAGAGCUGCGGGGAAAUCCAGGCUGUCUUUUUGCACGGACCAGAGCCAUCCUGGUUUCAAGGAACCCUUUGGAUCCGGAGAAUUCCAGCCGGACCCGCGAGACUGCUGUAUUUGUACUCUUAAUAUACAUGUCCUCAAGCGACACGGUCCGCAUUGGUAAGCACAGGUGACAAGGAAGCCUCGUAGGAAUAUUUUCAGUUUUCCCUUUUAUCCGCUCGUCUGGUUAGGGGUCAGGCGUGGUUCCCGAUUUUGGAAAAGGGCAUUUAAAUCUGAAAAGUCUUCUCUCUGCCUGCAUCCUAAUAUUUACGCGCUGAGAGAGAGGCAGGUUGCAUUUGGAGGCUGCAACCCGACUGAGAAAGAUGGAAAAAGGAGCGAGGCACCGCAGCAACGCCGAGAAGAACCACCCUGCGGGGGGCGAGUCCCAGGCCGGACCCGGGGCCGACUCCGGAGGGGGCGGGGUGGCCCUGAAGAAGGAGAUCGGAUUGGUCAGCGCCUGCGGGAUCAUCGUAGGAAACAUCAUUGGCUCCGGAAUCUUUGUCUCACCAAAGGGUGUGCUGGAGAACGCUGGCUCUGUGGGCCUUGCUCUCAUCGUUUGGAUUGUGACAGGUGUUAUCACAGCUAUGGGAGCCCUCUGCUAUGCCGAGUUGGGAGUCACCAUCCCCAAAUCCGGAGGUGAUUACUCCUAUGUCAAGGACAUCUUUGGAGGACUAGCUGGGUUCCUGAGGCUAUGGAUCGCUGUGCUAGUGAUCUACCCCACUAACCAAGCUGUCAUCGCCCUCACCUUCUCCAACUAUGUGUUGCAGCCACUCUUCCCCACCUGCUUCCCUCCAGAGUCUGGACUUCGACUCCUGGCCGCCAUCUGCUUAUUGCUCCUCACAUGGGUCAACUGUUCCAGUGUGCGAUGGGCUACCCGGGUUCAAGACAUCUUUACAGCUGGGAAGCUUCUGGCUCUGGCCCUGAUCAUCAUCAUGGGGAUUGUACAGAUAUGCAAAGGCGAAUACUUCUGGUUGGAGCCAAAGAAUGCCUUUGAGAAUUUCCAAGAACCCGACAUCGGCCUCAUUGCACUGGCUUUCCUUCAGGGCUCCUUUGCCUAUGGAGGCUGGAACUUUCUUAAUUAUGUGACCGAGGAACUUGUUGACCCCUACAAGAACCUUCCUAGAGCCAUCUUCAUCUCCAUUCCACUGGUCACAUUUGUGUAUGUCUUUGCCAAUGUUGCGUAUGUCACUGCAAUGUCCCCCCAGGAGCUGCUGGCAUCAAACGCAGUCGCUGUGACAUUUGGAGAGAAGCUCCUAGGGGUCAUGGCUUGGAUCAUGCCCAUUUCUGUUGCUCUGUCCACAUUUGGAGGAGUUAAUGGGUCUCUCUUCACCUCCUCCAGGCUAUUCUUUGCUGGAGCCAGAGAAGGCCACCUUCCCAGCGUGCUGGCCAUGAUCCACGUGAAGCGCUGCACACCCAUCCCAGCCCUGCUCUUUACAUGCAUCUCCACCCUGCUGAUGCUGGUCACCAGUGACAUGUACACACUUAUCAACUAUGUGGGCUUCAUCAACUACCUCUUCUACGGAGUCACAGUGGCUGGACAGAUAGUCCUUCGCUGGAAGAAGCCUGACAUCCCUCGCCCCAUCAAGAUCAGCCUGCUGUUCCCCAUCAUCUACUUGCUGUUUUGGGCCUUCUUGCUGAUCUUCAGCCUGUGGUCAGAGCCAGUGGUGUGCGGCAUUGGCCUGGCCAUCAUGCUGUCUGGAGUACCUGUCUAUUUCCUGGGUGUUUAUUGGCAAAACAAGCCCAAGGGCUUCAAUGACUUCAUUGAGUUGCUAACCUUGGUGAGCCAGAAGAUGUGUGUGGUGGUGUACCCCAUGGAGGAGGGAGACUUGGAGACAGAGGGGAGAAGUGAGGACAUGGCAGAGCAGCGGCAGUCUUUCUACCAGCCGGCUCCCACCAAGGACCAAGACUCAGAUGGGCAGCUGCAGGCCUGAGACUGCCUGCUCGUCAGAUAGCUGCGCCCUGCUUCUUCCCCUUCCUGCCCUGUCCCCCAGGUCCCCCAACACACAUACACCGCCUCUGCUUCUGCCCAGCAGGAGCAGGACUUGGGUGUAGGGUAUGAGCAGUUACAAACAAAGAUACUAUCUGUACCCGAAGACUCAGCCUCUCUCCCCAAGGCCCCUUUCAGGCCCCACACAAGGGCAGCCCACACUCUUGAGCAUCAGAGGAGAAUGGAGACGCCAAGGGGGCCCUGUAGUGCCUCCGCAGGCCCUGCCCUCAGUGCCUCUUAGGAAGCUGAGCUCAUUACUGCCUUCCCUCCCCACUGCUGAGCUCAGGAAAGCCUCAGUUCAGAGAGAAGAGGCAGCUACCAUGAGUUGGUUGGGGAAGACAGGCUCCAAGGAAUCCAUCAUCACUGAAGGUUGGAUGGAGAGACCCAAACCCUCUUUCUUCACCACAAACACAAAAGUAGAGGGGAUGCUUCCCUCUGCACUCCUCUCCACCUGUGCCCCACCUCCUCCACCACCAGCCACCUGGGCUCCCUGCUGGAGAAAGGCUGUCUCCAGGACCUCUCCUCCCCACUGAACUGAGGACCACGAGGUGGGAGGGUCAGCAGCUCCCUACCUCCAGCCCUGAGCCAAGCCUUGGGAAAGCUUACCUUGCCUAAACCUAGACUUGUCCCCCGAGCCCCCCUCCAAUGUGGUGCCAAAGCUUCCUGAAGCCAGAAAGCCGCCUUACUGUCAGUGUAGUGGAUCUCCCCCUCUUCUCCCUCCCUCCCUCUCUUGUCUCCUAGUGACCAUACCACUCAGCUCCUCCUCUAUCCCCAUCCCCUGAGAAGGGGCAGUCACCCAGUAACCCUCUGACCCUGCAGCUGUGCCCCUAAAGCUCCUGUAGCGCCAGCACUGCCGGCCCUUCCUGUCAUGCUCUUUCCUCCUCUCUGGACUUUGGUUCGGGGACCAGGUAUGAAGGAUCCCUGAGCCCUUCAGGCCUGAAACCAGAGCCAAACCAGCCUUAAGUUACCUUCCAUCCAAGAACUGGACCUAAAAAUACUCCCUUGUUUCUAACCCUCAGGAGGGACGUGGUAUUAAAUGCCUUCCCUGGGUGGCAGGGUGCUUUCCUGCCCCCACCUCAGAGCUGCCUGGUCCAUAAUCUGGGUGGCUGUCUGGGAGAGCAUUUUCUGAAGACAUGUUCCCCUCUCCACUGCUGACCCUCAAUAACUGCCCCCUUCUGGUCUUACUGCCCCUCCAUCUUUGGGUAGGACGGGAGGGCAGCGGCAGAAUGGUGUCCACUUUGGGGACCCUCACACAAAUGUCCUCUCUGUAAAAUACAGCUUCUGACCUUUUCCUGUGCUCCAGAGGAAGGUGAUGGCAUUUGUCAGGGCUUGGCAGCCUCCAGCCACACCUGCUGUGCUGAGGACACAGAACCCUUUUAUCCAAAAACAGCCCCCCCCCCCAUUCUAUCUGCUUAAACUGGAACACCCAGGGAGCCCCUCCCAGCCCCAAAGCAUCUCCUAGCUUCCCACCUGGCUCACUCGAACCCUCAGUUGGAUGCUGGGUUUGGGCUGAGUUGUGGCCCCUCCGAGUAGACACCAGCCAGGCUGGAGGGGGCCCAGAGGACCAGGGGACCAUCUUCCUCUUUCCUCUCUUCUCAUUCCUCCAGCCUCUUCCCCUCUUGCUAUUAUUAUUAUUAUUAUUUUCUUUUUUGUAAAGUGGAUGCCUUACUUUUUGGAUAAAUAUUUUCAAAGCUAUUAUUUCUAUUUCUUUUGGUUUUUUUUUUUAAUAGAAGAUUGUUUUGGGGAGCAAAAUUAGAUCCUUGACAAUAAACUUGUCAUAAGGUUGGUUUAGGUUUUAGAAUUUUGUUCAUUUGUGGGGGUCUUGUUUUUCUUUUCAUGUAAUAAAAUUUUAAAUGGAAAUGAAA